CAAACCUGAAAACAGAGCUCACACAUGCCGUGACAGCAGCAAUAUGUCCUGACAUUAGACCGUGGCUAAUGAGACAGUUAAGGUUUACUAAUUAAAAUGUCGGAGGCUUCACACAGAGCAGAGAAACCUCCACCUCCGAACUGGAUCCUUCAGCAUCCGGCGUAUCUGCAAAUGAAGAGUCUAGAGGUUGAAGACAGUGAACAGCUACACGCAGCUUUCCUCGUGUACAUGGAUCUCACUGAGGUGCGUCAGUGGAAAGAGGUGUCUUGUGUCAAGAGCCCUGAGCUGCAGAUGGUUUUGCUUGAAGCGAGGGAGAAGGAAGAAACCCCCGUCCAGACGAUUCUUCCACUUCCUGUUCACCGAUCUCUGAGUCACAAAAGCAUACGUCACGUGCUGGACAGAGGCUUUCCUAUGUUGCUGUGUGCCGUAGCUGCUGACUCCACCUUGGUCUACCAGAGGAUGACUGACGGGUUGGUGACGCCAGACCCUCCUGUUGGACCCUUCCAGGAUUUAGGACGCCGGCAGCACAGGAAGAGACGGCAGAAGCACUGACCAGCUGGGGAGAGGACACCUUGCUGUUGUCGGUGAAACACAGUCGAUCAGUUGGUCCGUCUGUUUGUGUAAGCUGCUCCUAAAAGAGAGCAUGGCAGCCGGUGCAAAUGGUGCUCUCAGUGAGAAACAGAAACUUGCUUUUGGUUUCGGACUCCUUAAAGAGAGAUUCGUGGACAGUGUGCUCACACCACCGUACACCUCACAGUUUGUGGUCGCAUGCCUUCCUCAAAGUCUUUGAGCAGGACCUGAUGAGUUGGAUCCCAGGGAAUCCACAGGAUAUUCUGGAUAAGUAACUAUUAGAGCCUGACCGAUACUUGAUUUUUUUCUGUUGUUGUACGCAGCUAUUUGCCUGCAGGAAUGUCUAAUGAGCGAGUAAAGUUAGCUAACGCUAGCAGUUUGCUCAUCCACGAAUGCCUGUGAAGUGCGUGUGUAAUAACAUAUGGCUGUAUUACUAUAUAGGCAAAUCCAUUUAAAGUAAAGUCAUGGAAAUGGGGUAAAAUUUUAUGAAAAGUGAUGGAAUUUUUUUUGAAAAUUAAUUGGUAAAAAGACGUGGUAACCCUGUAUAUGGUUGAGCAUAUUUCAU